AUGUUUGCUUUCCUAAUUCACGGUAUUCAAGCUGAGUUUAUAAGAUUUAGCUACAAAAAAUACCUAAAACUUAAAGAAAAAAGCUUUGAGAAGCCAAUAUUUGCUAUUGCUUAUAGUCCUUACUGUGGACAUUGUACUGAAAUUCCAAAUGAGUCAAUGAUUUUUCGCCAAAGAAACAACAAACGCGAUGAUUUCUACUUUACAUUACUUAAUUGCGGUGAAGGUGAUGCAUGUAGCCAUUUUACUGUACCACACACUCCAUAUCAAGUUAUAAUUCAAGGAGAUGAGAAGGAUUAUUGGCCUGAAACUAAAACACAUACUGCUCUUGAGUGGGAGGAGUUCGUUAACAAGACAUUACAGCCACAUCUCACGAAAAUUCAGGAUCAAAGUGAAAUUGAAAAUUAUAAAUCUAAUUUAACAGAAGGAGGAACACUCUUUUACUUACAGGUUCAGAGUGAGAGUAGUAUUGCCUUCAAAUUAUAUCAAAAAAUUGCAAAACAAUAUUAUAUUUAUCAAGAUAUCUUCUUGUAUCAGAUUGUUCCAUACAAGACAGAAAAAGUUAUUGCAUAUACAUCACCAAAUUGCCCGAUAGAAUACAACCAGUUAUCUCUAUUACAAGGAUUUGUUGAUGAAUACAAAUUUGGUGGUGCUCAUCGUUAUUUGUAUAAUGAAUUAGCAAACUUACAUCAUUCACAAGUUCCUUCAGCAGUUUUGCUUGUAGAAGAUACAUACACUUCCACAAAAAUCAAUGAUGGACUCAAAAAUGACAUUUUGGAUAUAGCUGAUAAGCACUGCGGUGUCAAAACAGGAUGGAUGUCGUUCCAAUACAACGAAGGAUUCCUCAAAGAUCAUAAAAUCCACGACGAUGAGAUGCCAUUACUUGUAUAUCACGGAAACAACUGUUUGAACUACUACAGAGGCAGAAUGAGUGAUGUAAUCGAUACCGACUUCAUGAAUCUGUCAAUAUCUGGACAACUUUGCGGUAAAAAUUACAAUAAUGUUGAUGGAUCUGAGAAUAUUACAGUUUUAGAUGACAAGAAAGGUCUUCCUAAGACACUAUGGUGGAAGGCUAAAAUAAGUGGAUGGACAUUGGCCGUCAUUUACAUGUCUUCCGCUUUCGCAAUCCUUGCUUCUUUAGCAGUCUUGACACCGUAUAGAUCUAAGUCAAGAAACACCGAAAAACUCGGAUAA